AUGAGAAAUUUUAUAUUAUUAGAUAUUCAACUUCGUUACUUCUCUCGCAAUUAUUUUAUUGAACGUAUAGAUUUCUCAAAAAUACAAAUAUUUCUUAGCAUCCCUAUAAUAAUUAUGGGAAAAGCUUAUUUUCUAUGACCUGGGACACAUAAAUUUUAUUGCGAUGGAAGAAUAAUGGUAGGGUAAACGUUAAGCAGCUCGGAUUGGCAUCGUCCUCUCAUAACACUACUUAUUCAUGUGACAUCUGGAAUUAUCGUGAUAAUUUUUCCGUUGAAGAAUUUAGAUGAAAAGUAUUUCUUUUCUAUCAUUUUUGGCUCAAUAAUCAUUAUUAGUACCGUCUUUUUGAUUUUAACAUCCCUAACUAAUCCUGGCUACAUCCCAAAACAAAUCCCACCUUUUGCAUUUGGUCCGAAAUAUGCGCCUACUUUAUCCUUUUCGAUGCAGCUUGAGCCUAGCAAAAUUGCAGCUCUUGAUAGCAAAGGAUUUAGCAUUAUAAAUAACGGCCGGAUGAUUUUGCUAAAAAAUUGUAAAUCAUGUUUUAUUGCAAGGCCUCCAAGAGCGACUCACUGUCCAGAGUGCAAUUUAUGUGUAGAGAAAUUCGACCAUCACUGUCCUUGGCUUGGAAAUUGUAUAGGCAAAAGAAAUUAUCAUUAUUUUGUGUGCUAUAUAUUUUUUACUACUAUUUCUAGCUGGUUUGGCUUAGUAAUUUGCAUUAUAUUUAUCGUGAAAUAUUUUGUAAAUCCUCAUGAGCUGCAAAGCGUUGAAUAUUUAAUGGGCAUUGUAGUGUCUACUCUUUAUAUAUUAAGCUCAAUCGUUGUAAGAAUUAAACAGUUUAUUCAUUUUCUAACUGGGCUGCUAUUUUAUCACUUAUUUUUGGUAAUUACUAAUCAAACUACUUACGAGCAUAUAAAAAAGGCCUGAAAAAGCUUCGGAAUCAGCCCUUUUUCUAAAUCAAAAUUUCAAAAUUUCAAUACCGCGAUUUGUCCAAAAAAAUCUCCCUUGCUUUUUGCCCCAAGGCAAAAAGCAACGAUGGAGUACAUGCAUUAUCAGAUGUCUCACUCAGAAUUCGCAAUCGUUAAAAUUUCUCAUUUAAAAGAUAUUAACACACAAAGCAUAAUAGAAACAAAUGAAACUUACAUAAAUAACGAAACCUCAGGAAUCGAGCUAUCCACAAGAAAAGUUGAAUAA